AGAGGGCCAUGACACUGAGGGGGGUGGGGGGGUAAUCGUUGUUUUUAAUGUUUGGGCAGACACUUUCUUACUGACCGUCGCAUGAGGCAACAUUAACACAUAUACAGAAAACCAUGGAUAUUGCAGCAGAAGACAAGCACUGACUUUGAUAUCACCAUUCACCUCGUUUUGUGUGAGAACAUUAGGAGAUUCCACUGAUACUUUGGAAUUACUUACCACUAAAGGUUGGAGAAAAAUGGACCUGAGAGCCAAACAUGGUCUGGUCCUGUUGGACCAGCUGAGGCGGAUGAAGGAGAGCGAGCAUCUCACAGACGUGGUGCUGGUGGCCGAGGGCAUCAGCUUCCCCUGUCACAGGGUGGUCCUAUCUGCCUUCAGCCCUUACUUCCGUGUCAUGUUCACCUGCGGCCUACGUGAGUGCAACAACAGGGAAAUCAUCCUACGCGACACCCCUGCGGGGAGCCUCGCUCUUCUCCUGAACUACAUGUACUGCUCAGAUCUUCCUCUGACCAACUCCAACGUCCAGGGGGUCUCUGUCGCAGCGUUUCUCCUGCAGAUGGAUGACAUCUUCAUCCGCUGCCAGCAACACAUGACAGAAAACAUGGAUGCCUCCAACUGCCUCGGAGUAUAUUACUUUGCCCGGGAGCUUGGUGCAGAGGACUUGGCUGACCGUGCACAACGCUACCUCAGGCAAAACUUUGUCCAAGUCUGUGAAAACGAGGAGAUCCUGGACCUGGAAGCCCACCAACUUGGAAAGCUGCUGAGCUCUGAUGACCUCAAUGUUUCCCAAGAGGAGACGAUCCUGGACGUGGUCCUUCGCUGGGUCAGACACAGUGCACUGACAGAUGGAGAGGUUCGUUCUGUGCACCUGCCAGAACUUCUAAGGAAAGUCCGCUUGCCGUUGAUAAGUGCCAAAUAUCUAAAAGAGGCUUUAAAGAAAAACACAGCCCUCCUGGCGCAGGCUGAAUGUUUCGAUAUGAUCAAUGAAGCCAUAGAGGUCACGGCAAUGCAUCCCUCUGCUGCACCUCGGAAACUGAAGUUGCGUUAUGGCAUGGAGACAACAGAACUGCUCCUUUGUGUUGGCAACGAUGGUGGUGGAAUACGGUCAAGGUACAGCAACUUCUCCGAGCGCAGCUUUUGCUACGCCCCGGCCACCGGGCGGAUCUAUUACAUCUCUUCCCCUCGGUACGGUCAGGCUCUGGGCUAUGUUGGUGCUGGGGUUGUAACUCAGAAAAAUCACGUUAUUGUAGCAGGAGAGGCAGGCGUGCGCAGAAUGGCAAGACAGAAGGUCAUGAACAUUGAAAUAUACAGGUACAAAGUAGAGGCCCAGGGAAGCUGGGAGCACCUGACAUCAGCAGAGUACCGUGAUUCCUACGCACUGGGAUCACUGGGUGACACGCUGUACCUGCUGGGUGGAGAGAUGAAGCUGAAGAAUGAGUUUCUCAUCACUAACUGCGUUGAGCGAUGGUCUCUGCAGGGCGGACCCUGGAGGAGCGCGGCCCCUCUGCCCAUACCACUAGCCUUUCACAGUGCUGUCUCAAUAAAUGAUCGCCUUUAUGUGAUGGGAGGACGGACUCCGCAGUCCUACCGGAUGGAUGAUGAGCCCAACCGUCUUAGCAACCGCCUUUUUGAGUAUGACUCAAACACAAACAGCUGGACAGAACUAGGUCCUAUGAGGUAUUCAAAGUAUCGCUGCAGCACUGUGGUAUUCCACGAGGAAAUAUACGUCAUGGGAGGUAUCGGCUGUGAAGGAGUGGACCGAGGGCAAUCGCGUCAUUGCCUGGACGCUGUGGAAAUCUACAACACAGUGGAAGGUUGCUGGAGAGAUGGCCCUUCUCUUCCAUGUCCACAAAUCUCACUGCGCACUAGCGCCUGUAAUGCCGGAGCAGUGGGUGACAAGAUUUAUGUGUGCGGAUAUUACAAAGGAGCAGAUCGCUAUGAGAACAUAACCAAGGAUAUUUUGGAGCUGGACCCAUGGGAAAACCGCUGGACAGUGGUGGCUCGACACACGCAGAUGCACGACAACUAUGACGUUUGUUUAGUCGCAAAGCUGAACCCCAGGGGGCUCAUGUCCCCUCCUGCAGACUUAGUGAGAGUGUGACAUCCUGGUUAGAUUAGAGUUUUUGGAGAGUCAGUGAAAACAUGUAUCCAUCAAUGCACUUAUUGCCUGGUUAAAGAUGUUCAUUUAUUUUGGAGGAAGAAGUUGAUGUUUUGCACAGCAUUUAUCCCAAGCACAAGAUUAUAUUUGUAAAUAGAAAGCUUUCGUUGUUUUUUUUUUACUUUAGAGUCUGAUUUUCACACCAGAGACUUUUUGACAAUAAAAAAAAGUUCCAUUUAGCUGCUUUUAAUGUUAUAACGUUUGUCCUAGUGCUUUCUCAUAGCAACACAAUUAGUCUGCUGUGAAGAGGUUCCAGUCUCUGACACCUGGUGCUGCUAACUGUUUUAUGAGUGACAAUGGAGAGCUAUCUUCAAAUAAAGGACAUAUUUGUCAAAUUU